AUGCCUCCAGGUUCUGAAAUGUUUGGGAAGGAUUUCAUGGAGGAGGUUGAUGCUGAAUUUUGUUUGAAGAAUGGUUACAUGGCAGCCUUAGAGCUCAGAUCUGUCAACCUGCAGAGCCCCAGGAACAACAGGGCUCACCACACGCAGGAGAUGGGCCUGAAGCGGCUCAUCGUGCGCCGGGGCCAGCCCUUCACGGUCCAACUGCAUUUCAACCGACCUUUCCACUCGGGGACGGACCACAUCACCUUUGUGGCUGAGACUGGACCAGCACCCACGGAGCUGUCAGGAACCCGAGUCACCUUCUCACUCACCCAGGCCCAACAAGGGAAUGUCUGGAGUGCUUCGGAAUUCACCAUGGACUCCAACUCACUCUCUGUUUCCCUUCGCACACCAGCCAAUGCGCUCAUUGGCUCCUACACUCUGACGAUAGAGAUCUCUCAAGGCCAGGGUUCUGUGACUCGCCCAGUGGGGACUUUCAUCUUGCUUUUUAAUCCUUGGAGUGCAGAGGACGAUGUCUACCUGCCAAGUGAAAUACUACUGCAGGAAUAUAUCAUGAUGGACUAUGGCUUUGUGUACAAGGGUCAUGAAAGAUUCAUCACCUCCUGGCCCUGGAACUAUGGGCAGUUUGAAGAGGGCAUCAUAGAUAUCUGCUUUGAGAUCCUGAACAAGAGCCUGUACUUCUUAGAGAAUCCGUCCAAAGACUACUCCCAGAGAAACGACGUGGUGUACAUCUGCAGGGUGGUGAGUGCCAUGAUCAACAGCAAUGAUGACAACGGUGUGCUGCAGGGGAACUGGGGAGAGGACUACUCCCUGGGGGUCAGCCCGCUGCAGUGGAAUGGCAGUGUGGCCAUCCUGCGGCAGUGGUCAGCCCGGGGCGGGCAGCCUGUGAAGUAUGGACAGUGCUGGGUCUUUGCAGCUGUGAUGUGUACCGUAAUGAGAUGCUUAGGUGUUCCAACCCGUGUUGUUUCCAAUUUCCGUUCUGCACACAACGUGGAUGGGAACUUGACCAUAGACACCUACUAUGACCGAAAUGCAGAAAUGCUGUCAACUCAGAAAAGAGACAAAAUAUGGAAUUUCCACGUGUGGAAUGAGUGCUGGAUGAUCCGGAAAGAUCUCCCGCCAGGAUACAACGGGUGGCAGGUUCUGGAUCCCACUCCCCAGCAAACCAGCAGCGGGCUGUUCUGCUGCGGCCCUGCCUCCGUGAAGGCCAUCAGGGAAGGGGAGGUCCACAUGCCCUAUGACACCCCAUUUGUGUAUGCUGAGGUGAACGCCGAUGAGGUCAUUUGGCUCUUCAGGGAUGGCCAGGUCCAGGAAAUCCUGGCCCAUAACUCCAAUUCCAUCGGGAAGAAAAUUAGUACCAAGAUGGUAGGAUCAGAUCAGUGCCAGGACAUCACCAGUUUCUACAAGUACCCAGAAGGAUCCCCUGAGGAGCGGUCUGUGUUCAUGAAGGCAUCCCGGAAAAUGCUGGACUCCAGAAGGGCCUCUUCUCCCUUCCUGGACCUGCUGGAGUCCGGGCGUGUUCGGGACCAGCCAGCGCAGCUGCAGCUGUACCUGGCCAGGUCACCAGCGUGGGGCCAGGACCUGCUGCUGAAGCUGCAUGCCAGGAGGGUGCCAAACAGAGCCCAUGCCCGGGGUCCCCUCAGGCUGGUGGUGCGCUUCUGCGCACAGGCCCUGCUGCACAUGGGUGGCUCCCAGGAGCCCCUUUGGAGGCAAAUAGUGCACUUGAACCUGGACUUUGGGGAGGAGACACAGUGGCCGCUCUUGCUACCCUACAACAAUUUCAGAAACAAGCUGACGGAUGAAAAGCUGAUUCGCGUGUCUGGCAUUGCUGAGGUGGAGGGGACGGGGAGGUCCAUCCUGGUCCUGAAAGAUAUCUCUCUGGAGCCUCCCCACUUAUCUAUCCAGGUGUCUGGGAGGGCUGAGGUGGGCAAGGCACUGCGAGUCCACGUCAUCCUCACCAACACCCAAACGUCGCCCCUGAGUCACUGCACGAUGGUGCUGGAGGGAAGUGGCCUCAUCCACGGACAGAUAGCAAAUGAGCUUGGGACUCUGGUGGCUGGACACACCAUCCAAAUUCAUCUGGACCUCUACCCCUUCAAAGCUGGACCCCGCCAGCUGCAAGUCCUCAUUAGCAGCAACGAAGUCAAGGAGAUCAAGGGCUACAAGGACAUCUUCGUAGCUGCAGCCAGGCCUUCUUGA